AUGGCCACCGCAACCGACUUACAGCAAGCCCUUAGGGCCAACCAGCUGAAAACGGUGACGAUGGGUUAUAUUGGAGGGCCGGUGUGCGUUGUGGGGAUCGUCACAAGUGCUCUUAGUCUCGUGCUCUUCAAACGCGACACCUCCACAACCCUGAGCACUCGACUCCUCCUCUCAGCCAUCGCCGUAGUGGAUAUAUUUUUCCUACUCUUUAUGUCUCUCUUCUGGAGCGUGAAACGGUUCCUCCCUCAAGACUCCACCGCAUUCCAGCAGUUUGAAAAUCCCGUCGUGUUCGCCUUCAUCUUCUACAUGAGCAAUGUGUUUGAACUCUACCGAAAUUGGUUGGUCGUGGUUAUAGCCGUGGAGAGACUGCUCUACUUUCUAAAACCAGUUGAAUUUAAAUUUCUGUGGAGCGUUAAGAAGGUUGCAGCGAUUCUCAUAUUCCUUUGUCUCUCAUCUUGUUUUAUACGAAUACCCGUCUUGAUCUAUGGGAUAGCUAGAAAAUCUCCCAAGAUAGGCGACUCAAUUACCAGACUUACGAGGCUGAUGCAUUCACUGAUUGACUGCGUUGUUUUAACCAUCGCACCAGUUACUCUAAUGGUUACACUCUCCGUGGCCACGACACUUCGAAUCCACGCCGUUGUGAAGACCAAACUCCGUCUUGUCAACAGCAAUUUCAUCCAGCCCACCGAUCAAGGUUACCAGCAGCAUGUCGCUAAACAGGACGACGCGCCCUCAAGAAAGCACUACCGCAUUGUCAAAAUUCUCCACACAGUUCUGAUCACCUUCAUUAUCUGCUCGACGCCAUCUAUUCCCGCUUCUGUUAUGCAUUUCUACAUAGUCUUUCACGAGAUUGAGGGCGGCAGGAUCAAGUACGUCUCCGAGGUCCUCACUGUAAUCGCCAACUUCGGCUCCUUGGUCAAUUCCACGUCGAACUUCUUUGUCUACGUGGCCCACAGCAAGAGGUACCGAUACAUCCUGGCGAAAAUUCUCAUGCUCGACCGCUGCUUCUCCUCGAUCCACAGAGAGCCAAGCAGUACACAAGAGACGUGCUGUAAUCUCCAGGAAGACGGUAAAACGCAAUGA